AUGCAGGCCCUCAUUAGAGACGCGCCUAUUGGCCAGGCGAUUCGGUUCUUCAACCCUCGCCUGCUUCCAUACCCCGAGGAGCGCGAUGACUUUGAGCUCCCUCCCGCAUAUGUCCAGAUGCAACAUGGCAAGAACUUCGCACCAGUCAACUCCACAAGCACAUCCUCGGAGCCUCCCUCCGACGAAGGCCCCCCCAUUGAAGAAGUCUGCCCGGAAACUGAGAAAGACACCGAGGAGAAAGAGUCAUCCGCCGACCUCUCAGACUCGACAUCCGAUCUCGAUAAGAUCCGAACCGCGGGUACGACACACACCACGCAAUCCCAGAUCUCCCGCGUAGGCACUCGGGAAGCACUCUCCAAAGCGCACACACGUGCCGACCUCGAGCAGCAAUUCUCGCUCGCAACCGUAGAAAAAGGGCCCUCCCGGCCCAUCGAGCCAGAAGUUCGCGGCGAUGGCACCAUCCUCGUCGACUGGUACACGACUGACGACCCGGAGAACCCGCAGAACUGGGGCUUCGGGAAGAAAGUCGUCGUCCUGACGCAGAUCCUCAUCUACACCAUGGCCGUCUACAUGGGGAGCGCGAUAUACUCGCCCUCGAUCCCGGGCGUCAUGGAGCAGUUUGGCGUCAACCUGCAGCUCGCGUCGAUGGGAUUGUCGAUGUAUGUGCUUGCGUAUGGGAUUGGUCCGUUGCUAUUCUCGCCGCUCAGUGAGAUACCGGUGAUUGGGCGGAAUCCCCCGUAUAUUAUCUCGUACGCGAUCUUCGUCAUCUUGCUGGUGCCCUCGUCGCUGGUCAACAGCUUCCCCGGCCUGAUCGUCCUGCGCUUCCUCCAGGGCUUCUUUGGCAGUCCCUGCCUCGCGACGGGUGGCGCAACGCUGCAGGACCUCUACAGCAUCAUCAAACUGCCGUACGUCCUCAGUCUCUGGGCUUUUGCCGCAACCUGCGGGCCGGCACUUGGCCCCAUCAUCUCCGGCUUCUCCGUCGCGGCGAAGACCUGGCACUGGUCGCAGUGGGAAAUGCUCUGGCUCAACGGCCCCGUCUUCCUUAGCCUCUUCCUCUUCCUCCCCGAGACCUCGAGCGCGACCAUCCUUCUCCGCCGCGCUGCCCGCCUGCGCGCCCUCACCGGCGACGCGCGCCUCAAGUCCCAGUCCGAAAUCGACCAGGCGAAAAUGACGCCCCGCGAAAUCGCCGUCGAAGCCCUCUGGCGCCCCUUCCAGCUCGUCCUGCUCGACCCCUCCAUCGCGUUCACAGCCGUCUACACCGCGCUCAUCUACGGUAUCUUCUACUCCUUCUUCGAGGCGUUCCCGCUCGUGUAUGAGACGCUGUACCACUUCAACCUCGGGGAGAUGGGACUCACCUUCCUCUCCGUAACCGCCGGCGUCAUCAUCGCCAUCGCCGCCUACUGGGCGUACAUCUUCAAGGUCGUCGAGCCCGAGAUCCGGCGCAACGGGCUCGGCGCCCCCGAGCGCCGCCUCAUCCCCGCACUCAUCGUGACGUGGUUCGUCCCCGCGGGCCUGUUCCUCUUCGGCUGGACGAGCAACGCAAACAUCCACUGGAUCGUGUCCUGCGUCGGCAUCGCGCUGACCACGAUUGGCAUCUUUCUGAUUAUCCAGUGCAUCUUUUUGUACCUGCCGCUCGUGUAUCCGCAGUACGCUGCGAGUCUGUUUGCGGGGAAUGACUUCAUGCGGAGUGCGUUGGCGACGGGCGCCAUUCACUUCAGCAGCCCCAUGUUUAGGAAUUUGGGCAUUGGGAGGGGGAUUAGUUUGCUUGCGGGCUUGACGGUGGGAUGCUCCGCGGGUGUGUAUGUGCUAUUCUUCUUUGGAGAGAAGUUGAGAGCGAGGAGCAGAUUUGCGGCGCAAUAG